UGUAGAUUAGAUACUACUGUAAAUUCCUCCUUUCUCUCAUUCUCUCUGCCAAAAUGAGACUAACAAGAUCAAAAGGAAGCCUUUUACGCGCCAUAUCUUCCAAUGUAACAGUAAUCUUAAUUGCCGUGAUCGUUAAUAAUAAGAAUGUGGAUCUAGCCAAAGCAGAAGAUCCUUAUAGAUACUUCACAUGGACAGUAAGUUACGGAAACAUAUAUCCUCUUGGUAUUCGUCAACAGGGGAUACUAAUCAAUGGUCAAUUUCCUGGCCCUGAAAUCUACUGCAACACGAAUGAUAAUCUCGUAAUCAACAUCAUCAAUUUGUUACCUGAACCUUUCCUCAUCUCAUGGAAUGGAAUACAACAGAGGAGGAAUUCAUGGGAAGAUGGAGUUUAUGGAACUAAUUGUCCGAUUCCUUCUGGGACGAAUUUUACAUACAAUAUUCAAGUUAAAGAUCAAAUUGGCAGUUUCUUCUACUUCUCUUCUUUUGCGUUCCAUAAGGCAGCUGGUGGAUAUGGAGCGAUUCGAAUCCUUAGUAGACCAAAAAUUCCUGCUCCGUUUGCGGAACCGGCAGGAGAUUUUACGGUUCUUAUCGGAGAUUGGUACAGUUAUGAUCACACGCAUUUGAAGUCAGUUCUUGACGGUGGUAUUCAGCUAGGACUACCCAAUGGAGUUCUCAUCAAUGGCCGUGGGCUUAAUGGUCAAUCAUUUACAGUAGAGCAAGGGAAAACUUACAGGUUUCGGAUAUCAAAUGUGGGAUUACAAAGCACACUGAAUUUCCGGAUAGAGGAUCACAGUAUGAAGUUAGUAGAAGUUGAAGGAACCCACACACAACAAUCUACCUAUUCAUCUAUUGAUAUUCACGUCGGACAAUCUUGUUCCGUUCUUGUCAGGGCUGAUCAGUUUGCUAAGGAUUAUUAUAUUGCUGUGUCGACUCGUUUCGCCAGCAUCACUCUUACAAGCACAGCUUUUCUGAAUUACGCAAAUUCUGUUACUCCUGCAACUGGUUCUCCACCUCCUGGCCCAACUUCUCAAUAUGAUUGGUCCCUCAACCAAGCUCGCAGUAUCUUGACCAACCUUAGCGCGAGUGGACCACGGCCAAACCCACAAGGCUCAUAUCACUACGGUUCAAUCAGUGUCAGUCGAACCAUUCGGCUCUCUAGUUCUGCUGGUUUUAUCGACGGCAAGCAACGGUAUGCAGUUAACAGUGUAUCGUUUGUCCCUGACGAUACCCCGUUAAAGCUUGCUGAUCACUUCAAAAUCCCAGACGUAUUUCGCUUGGGGAGUAUACCUGACUACCCACCAGAUGGUGUAAUGCACUUGGGCACCUCAGUCAUGGCUGCUGAUUAUAGAGCAUUCAUUGAGAUUAUAUUUGAGAAUCACGAAGAUAUUCUCCAAACUUGGCACCUUGACGGCCAUUCGUUCUUUGUUGUUGGAAUGGACGGAGGAUUAUGGUCGCCGGCUAGUAGAAGACAGUACAAUCUUAAAGAUGCAAUUUCGCGUUGCACCACUCAGGUUUAUCCAAAUUCAUGGACAUCAGUAUACGUUUCCCUUGACAAUGUUGGGAUGUGGAACUUAAGAACAGAGUUAUGGGCUCGGCAAUACCUCGGACAACAAUUUUAUCUACGCGUUUAUUCACCGGCUGAAUCUACAAGAGACGAGAAUCCCAUCCCUAAGAAUGCUCUUCUAUGUGGCCGGGCAACAAAAUGAAUAAAAGUAUCAUAGGAAGAUCACAUCAAUUGACCGGAAAAAUCGGAUCCUAAAGAUGACGAAAAAUUCUUCUUGUGGUCGAAAGUUUUUACAUUUCCCAAAACUUUUUAUUUAUUCAUAUGGAACAUGGAUUUGAGGACCACAAUUUAAUGAUUUGAAUUAGGAUCAAUUUGAUCAUCAAUAGCGCGCUUUGA